UUUAAAAACGUUCCUCAGUUAAGCUCAAGCAGCACACUAUUCAAAUAAUACAGAAUAUUUUUACGUUUGUUACACGUUUUCUAGGUGAUUCCUAUUCACUGACCUGACCGAGAGCUCCUUUCAAAUUUCAUAGUAUUGGACAUAUAGACAAAUAAUAUUGUGCGUGUGUUUUGGAACCGAUUCUCGAUUCCCGUUUCCCGGUUCCCCCCAACCGCGUACAAAGUGGGAAAAUAAAAAAAAUGAAACCAUCUUCGCUAAUGUUGCGUCUGCGCAGUAUUUGGAUCAUGUCCAGCUGGCUGCGCCACGAGGCUCUGGCCGCUGCUGCGAUGGUGGUUCGUCGUCGAGAACAGAAACUGAAGCGCCUUGAACAUGAACAGAAGCUAGAGGCUGAAGUGGGUCAAGUGGGUGUCGACUCCGAGGCUGUCCCGCAAUAGGCGUAGCCUGAACGAUGUGCCCGUGGGCGGCCGGAAGCCCUACGAUGAGAAACAGGCGGAGGAGCAGCUGCAGCGUACGCUGGACAAGCUCACCGCUGGCGAGGGACCGCACUACAG